ACUACGGAAAGCGUGGUUCUGUACGGGAAAAUUGCCACGCUCUCCGUGAGACUUGUAUGGUCGUUUUCUGGAUCACUCGUAAUACGACCGAGAAAAUCUCAGACCCAAAGACAGAGUGAGAGAGAGGAGAUGUCGUCGCACGCGCAGCAGCCAAACGAUCCAAGGCUACCGUCGGCGGCGCGGCCGUACAAGGCUCGGGUCGUGGCCCCGCAAGAUCUCCCCAUAGAUUACUCCGGUUUCAUUGCUGUCAUCUUCGGCGUCUUCGGCGCCAUGUUCAGAUACAAGUUGUGCUUGCUAGCGAUAUAUAUUUAGUGCGCAAGCCUAGCUAACAUGAGGAAUUUUGAGAAUGAUUUCAAACAGAUCUCCAUGGCCAUGAUGUUUGGCAUCAUGGGCUUGGUGACAAACUAUUUGGGAUGGGACCUAAGGCAAGCACAAAACGAUGAAAUCAGCUAUUGCAGUUUCAACAAACAAUUCCUGGAAGUGGUAAAGACAUCACUCACUCUUUGGUUUUGUGGGUUAAAAGCUCUACAUUCUCUUGCUUUCUUUUGUAGGGUGGGGGUGCAUCAACCCUUGUAUGUUUUAGUUGCUAUUUUCCUUGGGGGAACUUGGAGAUUUCUUUAAUGGCCUGAGAAAAUAGAGGUUUACUGCUGAUGUUUGAUUAAACAAGUAACAGGGAGGUGAAAUUUUAACUUACCUUGAUAGUGGUAUUAGGUCUUGCUACGUUACAGUCUGUGUUUCUUAUUUUUGUUUUUGUUUUAUGUGAGGUUACUCAUGGUUUCUACAUCACAAAACGGGGUGAUAUUUCAAACCAAAUAACCUAGUGCCACGUUGUGUGAGUUAUUUAUGAAUGUGAACAAUUGAUGAUUAUAUGUGGAAAUGAGGAACUUUCUGCAAUGGAAUUUGGUGGGACAUUUGUAUGAUC